AUGUCGGAAACGUCCAUUAAAAAAUCAUUGAAAAGAAGUUGCGAAACUAGAUGGAUAGAACGAUUUUACGCAAUAAACGAUUUUAUGGAACUUUAUGAGUAUGUCAUUGAAGCAUUAGAUACAAUUUCAGAAUGGUACGAUAACGAUAUUUCGAAUAAAGCAGGACGUCUUAGAAGUUCUAUUUUAGCUAUAGACUUUGUGAUAUCAUUAUUCGUAUUGAACAAAGGUUUCAAACUUCGAACACACGCCGAUGAUGUUUUUCAAAAAAUAUUUGAAAAAGUAAAAGUAGUAGUCGAAAAAUUCGAUAUUGAAAUUAAAAUUCUGAGAUUAACAAUAAAACAAACUAAUAGAAGCAAUAUACCAUUAAAUACUCCGGAACAAUAUAAUCGAGCAUCAAUUUUAAUUCCUUAUCUUGACAAAUUUAUUACAGAGUUAGAAGAAAGGUUCACUGUCCAUCGAUCGAUUUUAUCAGGUUUCGAUUCUCUAUUUAGGGAAAAUGGUCCCAUUGAAGAUAUUAUAAUUCUUUCAAAUAAAUGCAUUGAAGAUUUACAGAAUGAUGAAACUCAAAAAGAAAUUAUUGAAGCAGAGUACACAUUAUUGCAGAGAAAACUCAUGCAAACAACGGAGAAACUAAAUAAUGCUUUAGAGGUUAUAACUAUGUGUGACCAGUCAAUUUAUCCGAAUAUAUUUAAACUUCUCCAAAUUUUAGUCACGCUUCCUAUUUCCUCUGCAACAAAUGAAAGAACAUUUUCAAACUUGAAACGAAUAAAAACAUAUCUAAGGAAUUCCAUAUCAGAGGGAAGAUUGAAGGGUUUAGCUAUGCUAUCAAUAAAUAAAAACUACUCAAUAAAACCUGAAGAAGUUAUUGAAGAACUGGCGAAACAAAAAAGACGUCUACCUUUUUUAUUAUAA